UAUUUUCAGGUCCAAGCCAUACAAAUUACAUAAAGGAUUACUGUAUCUCAAAAAAUGUUAAUUGUCACAAUUCUGGUCCCUAACAUUAGGAAAUUAGAAAUUUCAAAUAUGUAGAAAUAUUUUCACUUAGAAAUACAAUCUUUGGUUUGAAAACCCAGUAACCUUUAUAAAAUAAUUUUGAUGUGCACCACAGUUUAGAAACAUUGGUGGAGAUUUUUAAAUCAUCAUUUUUGGGUGUGAUCCAAGGAUCACUGGUCUUCAAGAGAUAACCAACAUCACUAAUGAUAAGUUAAAGUGAACAUACAAUCCACCCAAGAACUUUUUUUUUUAAUUUUGUAUCUAUAUGCUCACUUAACUGUUGGAACCACUCUAGUUCACCUCAUGCAGAUUCAAGCUACCUGUCCUGUUAGCUAAUUGAAAAGAUUAGUUUUCUGGCCUCUGCUUCACUUAGCUUGCAAGUGUGUGUAUCUGAUUUCAGUAAAGCUGACAAAAUAACAGAUAGAUGUUGUCAGUUUUCACAUUAGUAGCACAAGUACCAGGGGUAUAAUGGGUUAACUCUCUAGGUGUUGAUAAUUUCAUUUUAAAGAUAGAGGUAUGAAAUUGCAAAGGAGGACUGUAUUGGUAAGUAGGUGGCUAACAUUUGAACCUCAAUACUUAGUUCAAAAUGUUACUUGAAGCUAAGCAAGGAUGACAGAAUACAUGCAGAAUACUUGCUGUCCUGAACUCUUUUCUUCUGAUCUGUCUUCAGCAGUUGGUUUGCAAAUAGUGAUUUUCAUGGUCUGCAGAAAAAAAUUCUUUAGUUUCGAGAUUUGUCAAGUUUUUCUUCAGAGCCUUUUUGUAUUAUGAACAGAAGAGCUUACAUACAAUUCACUUUAUUGAUGACACCUAAUUGCCUACUCAAAACUCAUUUACAACAGACUUGAGACAAUUGCUUAACAUAUACUGAUUAUUUACAGUGUAUUCAGGCACCUUCCUGGCACAGGAGAAAAGAUGAAAAAGACAUAAUUCCCAGCCAGAAUGUUUCCAAGAAGUGCACUUGGAUAAAUAAAGGUAUCACUUUAUACUGCAAGUCAAUACAAUCAUUUAAGUUACUUUAACUAGAAUGGAAAAGUAUGAAAAACUAGCUAAGAUUGGAGAGGGAUCCUAUGGAGUUGUAUUCAAAUGCCGAAACAAAGCCUCUGGACAAGUAGUAGCUAUCAAAAAAUUUGUGGAAUCUGAAGAUGAUCCUGUUGUUAAGAAAAUAGCACUAAGAGAAAUACGUAUGUUGAAGCAAUUAAAACACCCAAAUCUUGUCAACCUCAUUGAGGUAUUUAGGAGAAAAAGGAAAAUGCAUUUAGUUUUUGAAUACUGUGAUCACACGCUUUUAAAUGAACUGGAAAGGAACCCAAAUGGAGUUGCUGAUGGAGUGAUCAAAAGUGUAUUGUGGCAGACACUUCAAGCUCUUAAUUUCUGUCAUAAACAUAACUGUAUUCACAGAGAUGUCAAACCUGAAAACAUUCUAAUAACUAAGCAAGGAAUAAUCAAGAUCUGCGAUUUUGGAUUUGCACGGAUUCUGAUUCCAGGAGAUGCCUACACUGACUACGUUGCCACCAGGUGGUACCGAGCCCCUGAACUCCUCGUGGGAGAUACGAAGUAUGGCUCCUCAGUUGACAUCUGGGCCAUUGGUUGUGUUUUUGCAGAGCUCCUAACAGGCCAACCACUCUGGCCUGGAAAAUCAGAUGUGGACCAACUUUAUCUGAUCAUCAGAACAUUGGGAAAACUAAUCCCAAGGCAUCAAUCUAUCUUUAAAAGUAACCAGUUUUUCCAUGGCAUCAGCAUACCUGAACCAGAAGACAUGGAAACACUUGAAGAAAAGUUCUCAAAUGUUCAUCCUGUGGUUUUGGAUUUUAUGAAGGGGUGUCUGAAGAUGAAUCCAGAUGACAGACUGACCUGUGCACAGCUCCUGGAAAGCAGCUACUUUGAUCCCUUCCAAGAGGAUCAAAUGAAAAGAAAAGCACGUAACGAGGGAAGAAACAGAAGGCGUCAGCAGAAUCAACUGUUGCCUCUCAUACCAGGAAGCCACAUCUCCCCCACACCUGAUGGAAGAAAACAAGUGCUCCCGUUAAAAUUUGAUCAUCUUCCAAACAUUUAGGAAAAAACGUUCUUUCAAGUGCAAAGUCAUUUAAUAUGUACAUAUUUUUGUAUGAGGGAGAUAGGAAUUCUCAGUGUUUCAAAUGCAAAUGAGCCAUAUGAAAAUUAAGAUGCCUUCUAGAAUUGUUUUGCUCUGAUCAUUGCUGAGUCCUUUCCCUGUGCUUUUUACAUGCCAACUUUAUCUUUUAGAACAUUUUCUUUAAAUGUUAUCAGGCCUGAAACUGCACAUAUGGAGGAGACAUUUUCAAUUUCAUCAGAGCAGCCCCUCCUUAGGCAAUUUAUAUUAAGAAUUUGUGGGCUUAUACUUUCUUUGACUUAGGAAAAAGAUUUACAUGGAUCAUCUUACUUCAGCUGACCACAUAAUAUCUGAAAGCGGUAUCAGAUCUAACUGCUGUUUGUGUAGGGCAUGACAUUAUGUUCCCACAUUGUUAAUUCACUCUCAUUGUACCUGGACUGUUGAGCUUUGCUGGCAUAUCCCAUGUUGCUAUAAUGAUGGAGGAAGGGAAACUUAAAGGUCAUCUAGAUUUAUCCCUUAAUUCCAGAGCAAGUCUCUACUUUCUCUGUCUCAUGACACGUUGGUGAUUCUAUUUUUAAAGACAGCUAGAGAAAAUUCCAUACAAAAUCCAUACAUAGAAAAUAGUGGAGAAACAACAUGACCCUUGAAUAAUUGACUGUCUGCUCUAAUUGUCCUUGGGCCAUCAUGAUUCCUUGCCCCUUUCUCCUAGCUUAAAUCACCUCAGUACCUAACCUGGUCCUAAUGGGAGAGCUGUCUUAAUAGUUCACUUCAAAUACCGCCCCCCCAACUCCACCACUGGUAUCCAUGACCUCUAUGGGUAGAAUGUAGGAUGCACGGGCUCUAAGGAUAGAACCUGGGCAGCCCUAAACUAUUCAGUGUGCCCCAAUCAGGUUGGGUUUAUGAAUGCUUAUAAGAGCACUAAGAUGACCUUUCAGUUAAUUUAAUUUUAUGCCUAUUACCAGAAAGAACGAGGCCAGCACCUCAAUGGGGGACCUGGAAUGAUGUGUGUAUAUUUGUGGAUGUCAAGCUUAACACACACACAGUUACAAAUUUUGCAACAUCACAAUAGAUGCCUUUUAUCCUGAGCAUCUAAAAAUGAAUAAAAAUGGUUUAAAUACUUGCAAUGUGCUAACAAAGAAGCCAUGAAGAAUAACAGCUCAGAGCUGUCUACUACUCAAUGAAGAGGGUUUUGUUAACUCUUUUCUGCUCCGAUUGGCAUGCUCACCUGAAUGCUGCCAAUUUUUGAAAAACCACAUUCUGGAAAGUCUUUGGCACUGAGAACAUCUAGUGUUACUAAGAAAGCAGUGACACCCAAUGUCUGUCUCUAAAAGUCUAUUGCAUUUAUAAACAUGGCUAUGUAAACUUCCAGAGAAUCUCAUUCUGUUAUUUGGAGAAUCCAUUUAAUGAGUUAAUGAAUUGGGGGAGAUAAGCAAUAAUUUCUUGCUCACAAGGAUUUUUUUUUAAGUGGGCUUAUUUGGCCACUUAACAUUCUUAGUGUAAGUAUAAGCUAGAGAGUCUGCUUUUCAUCUUAUUAUCAAGUGUGCCUCUUCACAUGUGCACGUGUCUUACAUGUUUAAUGGGAUGGCACCACAGGUGCAAGGAAAAGAAAGAAGAGAAAAUGAAAAGCAGCAUAGAUGUAUUUUUAGCAUUCAUAGUAGGUUAUUUAUUUAAGCCUUUUUACCAAACUGUCCCAGCUCUCCUAAAUAUAUAUAUGUAUGUAUGUAUGUGUAUAUAUGUGCAUAUAUAUAUUAUACAUGCCUUCCUCUAUAUAACCUAAUCAGACACACACACGUACAGAAAGAAAGAAAGCAGCACAUGGCCCAACACCCAUUUUGCUUGCAAUUAUGCUUCUAACAAUUGUAGAGUCUUGACUAGUUAGAAGUUAGUGGGGUCUUCCCUUAUUGUUGCUUUCAUUUAAUACUUAAUUGGAGCCUUAUAUUCCCAUGCAUUAGGCCUGCAACUUAUUGUGUGUCUUCUUCUUCCUUUAAAAAUAAAGAAUUAAUUCAAACUAUCA